GGCGGUGCCUUAGUCCCCCGACAUGCUGCUGAGUGGAUCUUUUUGUGGGUGCUGUUUUAGGGUCAGAAUCGGAGCACGUGGCUCUAGGUGGGUUUUAUGGGUCAGGCAAUUUGGACUCUCCCGGGGCUUAAAAGUAGUUAGAAGGGGUUGGCUGGAUAGCCGCAGGCUCCCCGUGGGAGCUCCUUGGAUGCACGCACAGAAUCUCAGAUUGCCUGUGGAGCUCCCAGGCGUUCAGUCAAAGCUUCUUGGAAGGUCAUCCAUUCCCGCGUUUGCUAAGGCGCGUUUCCACACAAGUUCUCACAGCAAUGCUGGGCAGCAGCACAGUGAGGCUGCAGAAGCACUCCUAGAUAUCUGCGAGAGAAGGCACUUCCUGAGAAGGCGGGAGGCAGCCCAGCAGCGCACCUGGGACUCGUACCGGAAGGGAGGCCACCCGGGCUUUGGGCCUCUGGGGGUGGAGCUGAGGAAGAACUUGGCUGCUCAGUGGUGGGAGACCACUGUUGUGUUUAGGGAGCAGGUGUUUGCAGUUGAAAACCCAGUACAUGACUCUUCAGAGGCCGUUGAGGCACCACUAGGGGAGAACUUGAGAGUGGUGCCUUCAGAAACCUUUUGGGGAGUAUUAGAGAAUGAGGACCUGAGCAAGCAAGAACUGUUGGUCUCUUUGAAGAAGAUGCUGAAGGUGUCUGGGACGCUGCGGGGCAGCCUUCUUCAUGGUGCAUUAGAGCAAUAUGUUAAUUGCCUGGAAUUGGUAAACAAGAGGCUGCCUUUUGGAGUAGCUCAGAUUGGUGUAUGUUUCCAGGCAGUUAAAAAUAAUGAAGAAGAUAAUCAUGUGAGAACAGGUGAAAGGACAAUGGCCUCCCUUGUGUGGUACAGCUCUGCCAGAACUGCAGGACAGUGGCUUGAUUACUGGUUGCGUCAGCGCCUUCAGUGGUGGAGAAAGUUUGCAAUGAGCCCAUCCAACUUCAGCAGUAGUGACUAUCAUGGUGAAGAAGGCAGAAGAGGAAGCAAUAUUUAUUACAGCUUUCCUUGGGGAGAAGAACUGAUAGAAACAUUGCGGAAUUUAGGAGAUACUAAACUGCUGCAAAUGUAUCCUGGAAAAGCAUCUCAGCUGCAUGGUCGAGAUGGCAGGAAGAAUGUUGUUCCUCAUAUCCUGUCUGUGAGUGGCAAUCUAGACUAUGGAGUGCUAGCAUAUCUCUGUGACUGUAUGCAUCUGACUGAAAAUGCAUUACCAAGAAAGAAGGCUUUCCAGAGAAAGGUGCUUAGGCUUCACCCAUGUUUAACACCAAUCAAAGUUGCAUUGGAUAUGGGAAGAGGCCCAACCACAGAACUGAGGCAGGUGUGUCAAGGAUUGUUCAGUGAACUCUUAGAAAAUGGGAUUUCUGUUUGGCCUGGAUAUCUUGAAACGAUGCAGUCAUCACUGGAACAGCUGUAUACAAAGUAUGAUGAAAUGAGUGUCCUCUUCACAAUCCUGGUCAGUGAUGCUACACUAGAGAGUGGUGUGGUCCAGCUGAGAAGCAGGGACACCACAAUGAAAGAAAUGAUGCAUAUAUCUAGAUUAAAGGACUUCUUAACCAAGUACAUUUCAGCAGCUAAAAAUGUGUGA